UUAGCAUAUUACUAUUUGUAAUUCUAUAGUUUUGACAGAAUAUUGUUUCUGCAUUUUAUAUAAAUACAUGAGAAUAUAUGAUCAUAGAAAUGUUAUUAUACACAAUGAAUAUGUCCCUUUUUUAAAAGAAAAAAGAAAAAUAAGAAGAUUAACAACCCGUCCAUAAGCAUUUUAGUAUCAUUUGUCAAUACUGACUGCAAAAUAUCAAUGUGCUACUUUAUCACGUUUUCAGUCACUCCAGUAAAACAUCUGUCUUUUUUUUUUUUUUUUUUUUUUUUUUUUUUUUUGAGUAGCUGAUGGUGUUUGCCUGAGUAGUUUUCUGAAAUGUUAUAAAGGUAAUGAAAAAUUGUGUGAAAAUUCAGAAUGCUAACAAUCACCACUGCAAUCUCAAAACCAUGAAGUAAAUAGGAGCCAGUUUUCACUCAAUUCUGAGUCGAGGAUCGAUCUAUUUGAUUCUUAGAUCCUAAGAAAACACUAAAGCCGACUUUAUGCUGUACAAUUUUCAGCUUGAUGUUGCUGUCACGGGUACAAUCACACAUGGCAAAGCAAAAUCUUUGGUUGGGAUUUGAUAUCAGUGGUCUGAGAACACUUAAUGUGACAUGCUCACCAGCAGCCGAUUUGGUACCACCAAAUGUCAACCAAUGUCAGAAAAUUUGGAUUAAAAUCCAAAGUGUGACCGCUGCUGUGACACUUGUCUUAAUUGCCACUGAUUGGAGAAUGGCAUAGGAUGAUACAAAACUCAUGGGACUGCUACAAAUACAGUAGUGGCGAUAUCCAAGCAUAAACAAAACUUAUAGGAUUGAAAAGAAGAGUGGUUUGUUAAAUUGUGGAAGCAGAGAGAGAAUGUCUCACGACAGGACGCAAAGGGACGUGACUUAUAAAGAAAUACAGGAUGAAUUACAGAUUCCCAUUAUAUAGGUAGUUAAUUACCAUGCAAACGCUCUGUUCAUCGAGUUUAUUUACUAUUAUUACAGUGUGAAACUAUUUCAUGCUUUCCAGUCAAAGAGCUGGAAUGUAGUAAUUUUCUUUAAUCGUACGCUAUAUGGCCAAAGGUUUGUAGACACCUGACCGUCACAACUAUAUGUGGUUCUUCCCCAAACUGUUACCAAAAAGUUGGAAGCACACAGUUGUAUAGAAUAUCUGUGUGCUGUAGCAUUACAAUUUCCCUUCAGUGGAGAAGCCAUGUAAAUUUAAUCCUGUCCAGAUACGGCUUAAGACAGAGACUCGGCCCACCACCUACUCAAAAAGGGCUGAAUAUUAGACUUUUUAAAAUAUCAUUGUACAGGGUUACAAGAUGGUGAAAUUGGGUCUGAUCACGUGACCCCAUUUAAUCAUUUAAACCAUGCCGCCAUUACUACUGCAGAAGCGUGUCAUUCCCCCAAAACAACAUAUUCUUCAGUUCAAACUACACUUUCGAAGACGGUAGAUUUUUCUUCUCAUUUCCCAUGAACCCUUUCGGCUAUGCAAAUUAGGGCGUGUCUGAUUGGUCGAAAUGGGGCGCGACUUCAAUCUCUUGCGCGUUCCCGCUCUUUCUGACUGACUGAAGGGGAAACUGUUAGCCUGUUAGCUAGGUCUGCGGUCGUAUUAAUCAUUUUUAGAGUUUCGUCGGUUUUUUUGUUAUCCACAAAGUAAAUAUGGGCUACUUAAAGCAGAUAGACGUGGACAAUUUCAAGUCAUGGAGAGGAAAGCAGACAAUAGGUCCGUUUAAAAGGUUUACUUGCAUCAUUGGUACUAAUGGUUCAGGUAAGUCGAAUGUGAUGGAUGCUUUGGGGUUUGUAUUGGGAGAGAGAGCCUCCAGUCUGCGAGUGAAGCAAACCAAAGAGCUGAUUCAUGGCGCUCAUGUCGGUAAACCGGUGUCCCGCACCGCCUCGGUCACUAUGCGCUUCAGCGACGACAACGACGAAGAAACCGUCUUCAGCAGAACCAUAUCAGGUGACUCCUCUGAGUACCGGGUGAACGGCAGGCAGGUGACCCUGGCCAGGUACACAGCCGAGCUGGAGAAGAUCGGCAUCGUGGUGAAAGCCAGGAACUGCUUAGUGUUUCAGGGUGCUGUGGAGUCCAUCGCUAUGAUGAAUGCAAAGGAACGCACAAAGAUGUUUGAACGCAUCAGUAACUCCUUUGAGCUGGCGAACGAGUACGACACCAAGCUGGCGGCGUUGCAGAAAGCAAAAGAGGACACUCAGUUCCAUUUUAAUCGCAAACGGGCAGCCACUGCAGAGAAGAAGCAGGUGUUCAAGGACAAAACUGAGGCAGAGAAAUAUCAGGCCCUGGUGGAGCAGCUCAGUGAAAGCAAGCUGCAGCUCAGCCUUUUCCAGCUUUAUCACAAUGAGAGGGGUGUUAAUGUGCUCAUGGAGUCCCUGAGAGAGAAACAGGAGGCUGUCGCUGUCAAAAAGAGCGUAGUGGAGGAGUGGGAGCAAACUGUGAAGGCUCAGAAGAAAGAGCAUGGACGCCUGAGCCGAGAACUGCAGAAACUAGAGAAGGAGAUCAAGUCGCAGGAGGAAACCCUCAGCCAUCAGAGGCCUCAGUACAUCAGGGCCAAAGUGAACACCAGUCACCACCAGCGCAAGGCCGAGGAGGCGCGCACCAGCCUGCUGAAGAGCCAGAAGCAGCAGGCCAAGAAGGAGCAGGAGCUGCAGGAGCUGGAGAUGGAGCUGGCCGAGCUGGAGAAGGCCUGGAGAGUUUAUGAGAGAGAGAUAGAGGAGCAGGCAGCUCAGAGGGGCGAGGAUGUGCAGCUGGAGGAAGCUCAGCUGGAGCGUUAUAAGGAGCUGAAGGAACUGGCCAGGAAAAAGGGGGCCAUUUUAGUUCAGAAGGCUGAGAAACUACACUGGGAGGUGAAGGCUGAUCGGGAAAAGCUGGAGUUCGACAAAAGGCGAAAAAGUGAAGUUGAGGCAAACAUUAAGCAUGCUGAAGCUCAUCGGGACGAGUUAAACAGGAGGGCAGGGAAACUGGAGGAGUAUGCCAUCGCCUCUAACAAAGCUCUGGAGGAGCAGCGGGAGCAGGAGCGGAGCUUGGGGGAGAUGUUGGAGCGCGGGCGGUUGCGGACGCUGGAAGUGAACGAGGAACUGGAAGUGGUAGUGCAGGAACUUCAGAAUGCUCGCAUGGAUAGCCAGGAGAAUCGGAGACAGCAGAAACGAGACGAGAUCUUCGAAAGCCUGCGCAGACUCUACCCGGACGUUGUGUAUGGACGCUUGAUGGACUUGUGCCAGCCCAUCCACAAGAAAUACCAGCUCGCUGUCACAAAGGUGUUUGGCCAUUACAUGAACGCCAUCGUGGUGUCCUCUGCAAAAGUGGCCCGUGACUGCAUUCAGAUCAUAAAAGAAGAGAGAGCUGAGCGAGAGACUUUCCUCCCUAUUGAUAACCUGGAUGUAAAGCCCCUAAACGAGCGCCUCAGGGAGGUCCGCGGAGCCAAGAUGGUGGUGGAUGUGGUGCAGUGUUCCCAGAAUGCACCUCAGCUGAAGAGAGUGGUGCAGUUUGUGUGUGGGAAUUCCCUUGUGUGUGAGAAUCUGAAAGACGCCCGCCACGUCGCGUUUGACGGCCCAGAGCGCCUUAAGACUGUGUCUUUGGAUGGUACCUUGUUCUCCAAGUCGGGGGUGAUCUCUGGUGGCUCUGUUCACCUGCGCUAUAAGGCUCGGCGCUGGGAGGAGAAGGACAUGAGCGGCCUGAAAGAGCGGAAGGAGCAGCUUAGUGCAGAGCUGAGGGAACUAAUAAAACUGAAACGCAAGGAGGCUGAGCUGCAUCAGAUCACAGCCCAGGCCCAGGGAAUCCAGACUCGCCUCAAAUACUCCAACUCCGAGCUGGAGUCCAUCCGUAAAAAAAGCAUCCCAGCCUGUCAGGCUGAAAUCUCCAGACUGGAGAGUGAGCUCUCAAACCUCAAGUCUCAGAUCGAGAUGCAGACCAAUAAUGUGCAGGUGAAGGACAGUGAGGUGACAGCCCUCCAGGAGGACGUCAAUCAUAUGGAGGACACAGUGUUCUCAGACUUCUGUGCUGAGAUUGGAGUAUCCAACAUUCGUGAGUACGAGCGGGAUUAUGUGAGACAGCAAGGAGAGAUCGAGAAUAAGCGGCUGCAGUUUGAGUCCCAGCGCACCCGUCUGAACACACAGUUCGAGUAUGAGCAGGAGCAGCUGCACAAGCAGCGCAGGCUGAUCAACAAAAUGCAGGAAUCCAUCAAGAACGAGGAAGAUGUCAUCCUCACGUUGAAAGAGGAGGAAGAGAAGCUGCUUGCUGCAGUAGAUGAGUCUCAGUCGAAGCUCCUAGACUUAAAGAAUAAGCAGGUGGAACAGAAGUUACACGUUAAUAAGGCAAAGGCUGAGCUGGAUAAGAGAAUCAGUGGCCUUCAAGAGAACACCAGGGAACUGGUAAAGCAGCAGAAGGAGAUGAUCUCUGUGGAAACUGCAUUGGAGCAUCAGAGACUUUGCAAACACAACCUGCUGCUGGGCUGCAAAAUCGAGGGUCUGCCUCUCACGGUGCUCUCAGGAUCACUGGACGACAUCAGUGACAUCCAGGUGGACUCUGAAUCUGUAAGCACUGCCACACAAGACAUUUAUGAGCGAGAAGGACAGAUGGUGAUUGACUACAGAUCUCUGGGAGAUAACCUGAAGAGUCUGACUGAGGAGCAGGAGGUGAUGGCCCAGCUGGAGGUGUUGAGAGAGAAAGUGUCGUCUCUGGACAGACUGAUCCAUGUGUCCAAACCACCCAAUAUGAAGGCCCUGGAGAAGAUGAGUGAGGUGAAGGACAGCUUCCGUGAAGUGGUUGAUGCAUUCGAGGCCAGCACAAGUGUAGCUAAGAAAUGCCAUCAGGAGUUUGAGCAAGUGAAGGCCAGACGCUUCCAUCGCUUCAGCCAGUGCUUCGAGCACGUUUCUCUCGAAAUCAACCAUAUCUACAAAGACCUCUGCAAGAACGACAGUGCUCAGGCGACUCUGAGUGCAGAAAAUCCUGAUGAGCCUUACCUGGGUGGUAUCAGUUACAACUGCGUGGCGCCUGGGAAGAGAUUUAUGGCCAUGGACAACCUGUCAGGAGGAGAGAAGUCAAUCGCUGCGCUCGCUCUGGUGUUUGCUAUUCACAGCUUCCGUCCUGCUCCAUUCUUUGUGCUGGAUGAGGUGGACGCAGCUUUGGACAACACAAACAUUGGCAAGGUGACAAGCUUCAUUAGGGAACAAUCAAGAAAUAACUUUCAGGUCAUUGUCAUCUCACUGAAGGAGGAGUUCUAUUCACGGUCAGACGCUCUGCUGGGGGUCUACUCUGAGUUCAAUGAUUUCAUGUCCAGCCACCUCUUGUCACUGGACCUCACUCCGUAUCCCCUGAACGACGAGAACGACAAAGAGAGAGAGAUGGACAUGAUGUAAAGGAGCAACAGAAGAAAAUGGUCAAAGGAAAACUGGGUUUCUGUUAUUACAUUAAAAAAUACAGUAUUUGAUUACUGAAGUUAAGAUUUUAAUUUCUUCCUGUUUAAAAAAAGUGUUUGUAUUAAUUUUCUGUUUUAAAUGGUAGGUUUUAUGCGCUAAUUUAGAGCACUUGAAGUUACUGUAAUAUUUGCUGGAUGUUUUUAUAUCGAGUAUGUUGUUAGGGAACAUUUGAGUAAUCAAAGAAUGUUUCUUUCUGUUAUGAUGUUCAGUGUUUAAUUGAUAUUUAAGUGUUUUAAUUAAGGGUUUUAAUUUAAAUAAAUGUUUUUGAGCUUGUAAAUGUUUAUUCACAGUAUGCUGAUCAGGCUACACGUGGCCUCUUCAAACAAAUCAUUAGUGUUGCUGUCUCACCAUUCUGACCUCUCACUCUGUCACUAAAUCUUUUCCCCUCA